AUGUCAAAUUCAACGACAUCUUCAUCAAAUAAUUCAAUUAUAUCAAAUUCAAAUAAUAAUAAUAAUAAUAAGAAAAAAAAAUCAAAAUUAAAAAAACAUUUAAAACUCCAGAAUUCUUCCACAACCACCACCAAAAAUCAAGAUUCAAAUUUACAACCACAAUCAAUUGAUAUUGUUAAUACUACCAAUGGUAAUAACAACACAUUUGAAGACGAAGAAGAUAAUAAUCCAUUUCUGCAUCAUGAAGGUUUAACAAGUUUUAUAAAUAAUGAUGAUUCUAAUUUAAAUGAUGUUGAUGAAUCAAUGUUAUUAUAUAAAAGUAAUAAUAAUAGUAAUAAUACCAAUGGUAAUAAAUCAAAUGAAAAUCAAAAUAAUGGUCAACAAACAAAACCACCAAUGAAUAAAAAUGAAUCAUUUAAUACAGUUACAAUGAAUUUUGAAAGUAGAGUUACAAAAUUAUUACAACCAAAAGUUAAAGUUAAAAUUUUAAUUACAGAAGCAGGAAAUUCAAAUGAAGGUAUGAAUAAUUCACUGAAAAAAUAUAUUGUUUAUACUAUAAAAUUAAUUAAUUUAGAUAUAAAAAAUGAUGAAAUUUUAACAAGAAGAAGAUAUAGUGAUUUUGAAAGUUUAAGAGAUAUAUUAACUAAAAUAUUUCCUUUAAUAAUUAUACCACCAAUACCUCCAAAGAACUAUUUUGAUUUUUCUGUAUUUAAUGGUUUAACUGGUAAUAACGGAUUUGGGUCAAUUCAUGUAAACAAUUCAGAUAAUGGAUCAUCACCACCAUCAGCUGCAAUAACUAUUCCAAAUAAUUCAUCAAAUUCAUCUUCAUCAUCUACAUCAUCCAAUAAAAAACAACUAAUAGAACAUAGAAAAAGAUUAUUAACCAAUUUUUUAAAUAAUUGUCUUGAGAUAAAACAAAUACGAAGUUUAGAAUUUUUUGCAAAAUUUUUAGAUCCAAAUGCAAAUUGGUCAGAUGAAAUUUCAUUAAUACAAAAUCAAUUACCAAAAUCUAUUUAUUUACUGAAUCCUGAAAAUGGGUUAAAAACUGAUACUAUUUAUUCAAAUUUACCAAAUCCAUCAACUAAAAAAACAAUGAGUUUUUUCAAAGAUAAUAAAAAAAGAAUAACUAAAAAGACAAAUCAAUUAAUAAGUAAUCCCGAACCAUCUCAAUCUGAUACACUAAAACAAAAACAAAAUGAAAAAAUAAUAGACACAUCAGGGCUAGAUGAAGUAAAUAAGAAAAUAAUGACAAAUUUUAUUGGAUUAUCGAAUGAUUAUGCAGAAUUAGGAAGUGUUUUUAAUUCAUUUUCAUUAAUGUUUUCAGAAACGCUAAUGCUGAGAAGUGACGAUAACAAAUUAAAAUCAAGUGAAAAUGAUGAUGAAUUGAAUUAUUUAUUUGAUAAAAUUGGUCAAUGUUUUGAUAGAUCAUAUAUUACAAUAAAUUCAUUAAUUGGAGAUUUAGAAACUAAAGUAUCUGAACCUUUGGGAGAAGCUGUACAAUAUACUCAAAUGUUACAUUAUGUUACAAAAUAUCAAUCGAAAAAAUUGAAACAAAAGAAUAUGCUAGAUAAUGAUAUAAAGUCCAAAAGAAAAGAAUUAGAUGAAUUAUUAAAAAUAGAGGAAGAAGCAGGGAAAGUAGAAAAUGCAAUAAAAACACAACAUAAUGGUAAAUCCAAAUCAUAUAACCUUAAGAAAGAAUCUCAAACUCCACAAAAUCAACCCAAUAUAUCACCACCAUCAUCAUCAUCAUCGAGUAAAUUUAAAUUACCAAGUUUUAAAAAAAUAACUCAAUACGUUACAGAAAUAAUGGAUCAAAAUCCUCAACAAACUAGAAAACAAAAAAUUCAAGAUUUAAUUUCUAAGAUAUCAAUUUUUGAGAAAUGUCAAGAUAUAAUGUUGGCUGAUUUAUCUUUUAUAUUUGAUGAAAUAAAUAAAAAUCUAAAAAAUUUCCAUUUAAAACAAUUGAAAUUAAUACUUGAAAUUUUAUUGUAUUAUAACAAAUUUAUGAUUAUUUGGGCCAAAAAAAAUGUCGAUUUAUGGGAAUCAAUAAAAGAAGAGAUAAGUAGUCAAUAA